AGAGACAAAAUAUCAAUUUCACUUUGAGUAAAAUCAGUGUCACUAUUCAUUUUUCUCCAGGUAAUCUUUUUCUUUCGGUUUUAAACAUAUUACUAAGAUCCCAUUUAUUUGGUGGUCUAUAUGUUGGUAUAGACUUCUUUUCUUUAAUAUUUCUUAAAACUCUUUCUAUUUCUAAUAAUUUAGUGUCUUG